UUUCCAAAAAUCAUUUAAAAAAAAGUUUAUAACUAACUAAAUAAAAAAUUUAAUGAAAUAUAAGCAACCCAAAAAACAAACAAUAUAAAAGGUAAUUUAGUAAAUUAAUUGAUUAAUUGAUUAAAAGCAUCAUAUCGAGUUUGUACAUUUCUAAGCCGGGUCUUAUUCAGAGUCUAAUUGUAAAUUGUAGACCAGCACCUCUCCCCUUCACCUCCCUGUCAUCCUGUGUGCUUUAUAAAACAAAAAAACAGUGGGGUGCCAAAACAAAUGAGCAGCAGGCAGAGGACAAACUGCGUACAGAAGAGAACGGAAAAAUCCCAUAUUACUGGUUUGCCUUGGUGAGGAAACUCUCACAAACCCUCUUAAAUACAGGAACAAAAACCCAUGAAGAGGUGAAAAUGAAAAGGAGAACAAUAUGAGAGAGAGAGAGAGAGAGAGAGAGAGAGAGAGAGAGAGAGAGAGAGAGAGAGAGAGAGAGAGAAAUAAAAAGUGAAAUGUGCUUUUGGUGAAUAUUAUUGCAAGAGACAGUGUUGCAGUAUGGGACAGCAUGGCAGUGGUUCUGUGACUGAGGGACAGUAUUGCAGUAUAGGCAGUAUUGCAAUGAUGCUGGGACUGAGGGACAGUGGUGCAGUAUGGGACAGUAUCGCUGUAAUGCAGGGACUGAGGGACAGUAUUGCAGUGAUGCUGAGACUGAGGGACAGUAUCGCUGUGAUGCAGGGACUGAGGGACAGUAUUGCAGUGAUGCAGAGACUGAGGGACAGUAUCGCAGUGAUGCAGAGACUGAGGGACAGUAUCGCAGUGAUGCUAAGACUGAGGGACAGUAUCGCAGUGAUGCUGAGACUGAGGGACAGUAUCGCAGUGAUGCUGAGACUGAGGGACAGUAUCGCAGUGAUGCUGAUACUGAGGGACAGUGUCGCAGUGAUGCUGAGACUGAGGGAGAGUGUCGCAGUGAUGCUGAGACUGAGGGACAGUGUCGCAGUGAUGCUGAGACUGAGGGACAGUAUUGCAGUGAUGUUGAGACUGAGGGACAGUAUUGCAGUGAUGUUGAGACUGAGGGAUAGUAUUGCAGUGAUGCUGAGACUGAGGGACAGUAUUGCAGUGAUGUUGAGACUGAGGGACAGUAUUGCAGUGAUGCUAGGGCAGAAUUGAAAUAUAAAACACUAUUGCAGUGAUAUUGUAUUCUAGUUCAUUCGGUUAUAAUUUUAUCAUUUCUUUUAAUAAAAUGUAGUCUCUAAGUAUUUAUUUUUCCUCUUGAAUGAAAACACACACACACACACACACACACACACACACACACACACACACACACACACACACACACACACACACACGAAACCAUAAAGUAAAUUAAAUCAGAUAAUUUUUAUUUUACCAUAAACCACACAAAUUCCCCUUCACCAUAAAUAAAUAAUAUAAACUGGAUUAUAUGUUAUUCAUUAUAUUUAUUUUCACCCAGACGCCAGAUUACGAUUAUUUAUUAGAAAAAGAGUUUAAAAAUCAUCCAAUAAAUAAGAAGAAUUAUAAUUAAAGUAACCCUUCAAAUAAAAUCAGAUUAAAUAAAGCAGCUACAGUGAUCAAGAUGAAAAGAAUAUAUAUAUA